GUUUAGAAACACAAACAAGGUGGGAUGGGAGAGAGAGAGGGAGAUGGAUAAAACCCAACACGCGCACACACACACAGACGUCCGUCAUGCACUCACUGAUUGCAUCAUCAUUAUUAUUGCUACAGACGGAAAAAGAGGCUGCCUGAUAAGUAGCAGCGGCAGCGGUGGCAGACACACUACAUGGCACAACACACACACACACAAACUCUAGCAUCCUCUGUCGACCAAGCAAUCUACCCCCCCCCCACCACCACACACACACACAGGGAUACGAAGCGCCUGACCUCCCCAAUCCAUCAGACACACGGUCAUCCCAAAGUAGCCACAGCGCGCUUUGGGGUGGCCGUGUGCGAGAGGGUGGAGAAAGUCGGGCGCAUCGAUGCACUCACAUGCAUAGGCCACACACAUUGUCUGUCAUUCUAUGUCGAGCUUGCACGGCACUGUGGCAAAGUCGGGAGGCAGCGGUGUCUCACGCACAUACGCAUACUCGCCAACACCAGAACCAUGGACGUCACGCUCAACAUGGCCUGCAGGGGGCGCCGUGAGCCGAUAGUACCUGACACCCACACCCACAUCCAUUCAGCCCGGUGAGCAGACCACACCACGCCCAUUUACCGGCAGUCUCUGUCCCCUUCGACGUCGUAAGGAGGGCUGAGGACGUCGAACAUGGCGCACACGGUGGCCGCCCGCAGCUCGUGCAGGUUGCCUUGGCGCGGAUACAGCACCAUUGGACGGCCUGCACACACGCAUGUGUGUGUGCGCCACACGGACAGUUGGGUGCCUGGGUGCGUGUCCUGUGUACCUCCAGCUUUUCUCUCCUCUGUCUUUUCCUUGGUGACCCGCAUGAUGUGUGGAGCGUCGGAGAGACGACACGCCUCGUUCGGACUCUGAUCCACCCAUCCGUCACAAAGCAACGCGUGGGCACAUGAGCGGCCGUGUGUAUAUAUGUGUAUGUGGAUAGCGUGCCUGUGGUGUGCGCAGGUGGCCGAAGUGCUUCAUGCCCUGUGGGUCGUCGUGUUGGUCUCGCCGAUCGUGUGGCGCCCAGGAAAAUGAUGAUGCCUCCAGGCUCCCGCCUGCACACACACACACACACACGCACACACGCUUUCUCUCUCUCUUCUCUCAUUCCUUUCUUCUCCUGUCUUCAAGAUCGUACCAAUGACUUGAGACAGCACCACCAUACCUAUCCCACACACACCGACAUCCACAGACACGCAUGGGUUUGGGUCCCCGCCUCUGUGUGUGUGCUUGUUAUGGUUGGUACCUGGGUGAUCGUGGAGGGGCAGCGACUGACCCGCGGGCAACACGAACAGCGCCACGUCUGCAUACCGAACGAACUACUAUGUUUCCCGGAUCGACGUGUAUGCGUGUGUGUGUUCAAGGUGUGUAUGUCCUCUUGUGUACCGAAGUGGGGGCUCUGCAGCCAAUGCACACACACACACGCGUGGGUGUGCUGGACACACCUGCAUGGCUGACACGUUUGUGUGACUUACCGAGUAGAUCAUUUGGAACCUGACCAUCUUCUUGGCCCACCCCUCGUAGCCCAUGAACGACGCAGCAGGCAACACAACACCUGCACUCACAAACACGACACAUAUGGACGCAUAGAUUGCAUACAUCAGACGCCUUGUGUGUAUGAGUGUGUGUGUCCCUCCUGUCCGUCGUGGCCCCACUUUCUUCUUUGGCGGCAUCUGCAGCAGCAGCGGCUGGCUGUGCGGGUGUCUCCUGCUGCUGCUGCUGCCGCUGGGAUAUGUUGAACAAAGACGACAGCCACGACCGAGGCGCCGGAGAACGGCCUGCAAUACGUGUGCAGAGAGAGAUACACAGGCGUACGUACGGAGGGCAUCAAUCAAUCAUUACGUUCUUGCUGCUGAUCUUUCUGCUGCACGGUCCGCAGGCCGACAUCUUGCGGCCGCAGCUGCUGCAUCAAAUCACUGAUCCACACACAAACACAAAUAGAGAGAGGGAGGGAACAGUUGCAAGGCAGCGACUCAGCUGCUGUACGCGGACAUACCUGAGCCUCUGCAGGUCAUCGAGUGUCGGCCGCGUGCCGCCGUGGAACACCUGACGGGCCACACACAUACAUUCAGGUGUACAACGUGGCUCUCUCUCUCUCUCUCGCCUCUGUUUGGUUGGAAUCUGUGUGCAUCUGUGCUUACCUGUGCGGCCUCCUCGACAACUUGCCGGAGCAGCGUGCCGUCACGCAGCGGCACUCCCAGCUCUCCACAACUCUCUAAAGACACUGUAACGAGCCCACACACACACACACAUAUAGACACACACGUGUGUAUCCACAACGCCUGCGGGUCUGGAUCAUCUGACCGCUGCGUUGUUCCCCAUCGUCUUGGCCGGCAGCAGCAGCAGCAGCAGUGGCCACGUUCCUGCACUGCAAGUACGACGCCCCAUGCGCCCCAUUGUACUGGUCGGGGUCGAUGUGCUUGGCGGCAGUGGUGGCGCGCCGUUUGGCCGACGGCAGAGCGAACAGAUUCCGCCGGCCAUCAGACCUAUCGUCACCACUGCACAGAUCCAUCCAUCCAUCCAUCCAUCCAUCCAUUGAGCCACACAGACGUACUAUCUUGUUUGUUUGGUCGCUCACGUGUCGUCGCCAUGUGGCCUGAUGCCCUUGACACACACGUUAGGUGGGCACGACGGCAGAUCCAGGGGGUCGCCUGCCCGUGGGGCCGUCACGUUAAUGGGCGGCAAAGGCGAGGCCAGCAGCAACGGCAUGUGCUGGGGGGCUGACACACACAUACACACACACAGAUCAGACAUGCCAUGCGCAGCUCUCUCUCCAUCAAUCCAUCAAGGUGUGUUUACCAACCAGGAAGGCCUUCUCCGUCCCCUUCGUGGCUGGCGUCGUUGUCCAUCAUCCUGCUGAGCCGACGUCGCUUGAUGCCGGCAAUGGUGUGUACCGCCGCAGCGGCUCUCAGACAAUUGCUGCUGGUGCCGCUGGUUGCGUGGAUGGCGAAAGGCAGGCACACCGCACACGCAGGCCGCAGCAGCACCACACACAUCUACCUCUGACCCUCCGUUCGUCCGCGAACUCGUCACGGGCUGCCCCGCGGAAAUGGGAAGCAGGAUUAUUGGCAAACCGAAGUGGAUCUUUCGCGGCGAGAUCGGCUCAAAGACGGCAUCACAGACGUCAGAUCUAUGGACAGAUCAGUCACAAGGCGCCAUGCUCAC